UAAAGAAAGUAAAUAGCGUCCGCAUUUACAAGUACGCAGUUCACCACCAGUGGCGCUUUGCUUGGUACCGGCAAACCGGCGCCGGCGUCAUUUCUUUCCCGUCAUUCAUCGCAUUUCUUUCAUUUGGUUGUCCGUGUAGAAUUCCGGCAAAAAUUCAACCGUGAAAGAUGGAUGGUGGAGGAAUGCGUGGUAGAGGAGGCUACUCCAGAGGGAUGAGCCGAGGGGACUUCACAAGAGGCCGUGGUGGACCCACCAGAGGCCGCGGUGGACCGCCUGGUGCUUUCCGAGGUGCACCACGAGGAGGCGGGGAAUUCCAAGGGCAUGGGCGGGGUGACUUUACACCACGGGGUCGCGGAGAUUUCUCACGAGGUCGGGGUGGUGCUGGUGACUUCUCUUCACGAGGCACUGGAGAGUUUGUCCCCCGAGGUCGGGGCUUUACGCCGCGUGGACGAGGGGGGCCUCCCACACGUGGUGACUUCACACCAAGAGGCCGCGGAGACUUCGCACCAAGAGGUCGUGGGGACUUUGCACCAAGAGGUCGUGGGGACUUCGCACCAAGGGGCCGCGGUGACUUCGCACCAAGAGGCCGUGGUGACUUCACACCAAGGGGCCGCGGAGAUUUUGCACCAAGGGGCCGUGGAGAUUUUGCACCCCGUGGAAGGGGCGACUUCAACACUGCGAGGGGAGGUGGCUUUGUGGGAGGACCACCCGUAGCUGGCGGACCACCAAUGCGUGGAGGGCCUGCCUUAAGGGGAGAUGCCCCGCCGGGAGUUGGCCAUGGCAUGCUACCACCACGUGGUGGCAUGGGUGCUGGAGGACCACCUGCCAAGCGGGGUCGCUGGGAGGGACCCCCGAAUACGGGCGCUUCCUAUCAGGACAACUACUACAACAAUGGAGCAAGCCAAGAUUAUGGAAACACUGGUGGCUAUGAUGAUGGCUACGGACAAGCACCUGUCAGUCGGAGCACCUACCAGGACUCGUAUGCAGCACCUUCGGACAUGAUGGGCAAUGGCUAUCAGGGUCCCGGAGUUGGAGUAGGUGGCAACGCAGGCGGCUAUGGCGAAGGUGCUGGUGGCUACAACACGGAUUACAACAAGCCCCCGAUGGAAAGGGGAGGUGGUGACUUCAGAAGUGGUGGUGCUGGCUAUGCACCCCCCGUUGGUGGCGUCGGUGGUGGUGGCGGCUACGCCAGCAGCUACGACGACAGGGGUUAUGGGGGAAGGCAAGAUGGUGGCUACGGGGGAGGACGCCCAGCGGCUGACAACUUCAGUGGAGGUGGUCCCCGAUCAGACUAUGCCUCCUAUGACAGCUAUGGUGGCGCAGCGUAUGGCCAAUCUCGGGAUAGCUAUGGAGGGGCAGGCCACUAUUAAGAGUGCAGCAAGCUGCUGUCCUUUUUUUUUUUCUUUUUGAGAGCAGGCAUAGAAGAGUGGCAGAGACAUUUUUUCAUAUGAAAAAGCCUCCACCAUGCCCACCAACAUCCAUCUUCAACAUACCAUCAUGGCCUUGCUUGAAGAAAUUUCUAGAUGCAGGCACUGUGCUAUAUUUUUCCUCCCAACACCACAUAUGAACCACGUGAUUGUAAUUUACCCUUCAUUUCUCAUUUCCUCUCGUGGAACUUUUUUUUUCUCCCUAAGCAUUAGCCAGGUGGCUCGGAAGGCCACAGUGCACCGUUAGGCACAUCAUAGUUUUAUUUUUCAUUUCUACCCAUGGAACCUGGCAUUGUCUUAUGAACUUGGUGUUAGUGAGCGCUCAUGUCAUGAAACAAGCACAUGCUACUGUCUCUGUAUGUAUUCAAAGUGGUCCAGGCGGAUCAAAUGAAAUAAAAUGUGGAGUGGAACCCCCUA